GAGAGAGAAGACUUUAGCAAACGCCCCCCGGGCUCCAGACAAAAGAAUACACAAGCGUGACGUCUAAGAAGGGGGUCUUUUGGACACUCUCGCACACAAACACACUGACACGCACACAUUUAAAGCGAUCAUCAUGGAGGGAGCUUGUUAAAAGUUGCAAACUGAUGUCUCGGACCAGGACGAACAGCAGCUCCCCCACAUUUCAACUCUGACCUCAAGGAUUUGCAGAGAAACAGAGCGAAGGAGAGAGAGAGAGGGAAGGACAGAGAGAAGCAAAAGGAGGUGGGUUAAAGGACUUCUUGUUCUCCAGUCAGGCAGUAUUCUAGUUGAGCGCAAACCUCAGUCAAGCCACUGGUGAGUCAGAUCGGAGCAACAUCGUUCUUGGAAACUGCACAUAUUUGCAUCUGUACUAAUCCGAGGGAACGUGAAGUGGCUGGAGAAAAGACGAAAAGAAAACGAACCAGAAAAACAAUCUGCUGCAUGCACAGAGAAGCCAGACGCACACACAGAAGUCAAUGCAAUAGGCAAAGCACUGAAAAAAGGGAAAAGGAGAAGAUAAAGUUAAAAGCAGGGAGAAAACCAAGCAAAGACCAAGAUCCAAUAGUCAAGGAGCAGCCAGCCAGAGCCAGUGGAAUGGACCUAGGUGUCAGUUGGAUUAACCCCGGCGUACCCGCAGUGCUGUCUGAGGAGGAGGGCUAAGGAUCUGCUGCGACGACAACAACCACCUCCUGAAUGAGGAUGAACGGAGAUGUCCUUUAGCUAAGUCUCAAGACAACACUCUUGUCAAUUCCACCUCCGUGUGAGCUGGGGCAACACUCGCUUACAGCUGGAGGAGGAGGUGGAGGUGGAGAGGAGCCAGGGGGCCCAGAGCACUGCUGGUGCCCUGGAGGAGAGGCGAGGGAGCGGGCAGGACACUGAGGAGCAACAGGGGACCGAGGAGGGGCACGAGGGAGGAGGAGAGGUGGCGCGCGGUGGCAGGCGUCGUAUGGCUGUGCAGAGGCUAGUGGCGGCGGCGGUGGCGGUAGCCCUGCUCUCCCUAGUCUUAAACAAUGUUGCAGCCUUCACCCCCAGCUGGGUCCUGCAGGCGCUGGAGGACGGACGCAAGCGGAGCGUGGGACUGUGGAAGAUGUGCCCCACAGGUGGGGAAAGGGGCCGUGACGACGACCAGGAUGGGAGACGAGUGCAGGGGACCCAGAGGCAGUGCGUAGGCCUGGGAUGGGGCUCUGAGUAUGCAGGCUACCAAGAAUCCCGCAGCACUGUCAAAUUGCAGUUUGACAUGAUGCGGGCAUGUAACCUGAUGGCAACCGUGGCCCUGACUGUCGGUCAGCUGAUCUUCCUCCUUGGCCUGGUCGAGCUGCCCUUCAUCACACAGGAAUCCCAGUGGUGGGAGGAGGCCAUUGCUGCGCUCUUCCAGCUAGCCAGUUUUGUGCUGGUGAUUGGACUCGUGACCUUCUACAGGAUCGGGCCCUACACACACCUCUCCUACUCUUGCUACUUGGACAUAGCAGCAUGCCUGCUGGCCACAAUGGCCGCAGCCAUGCUCAUCUGGAACAUUUUACAUCGCCGCGAUGACUGCCUUGCACCUCGAGUUAUAAUCAUCAGUCGCUCACUGGCAUCGCCUUUCCACCCGCGUCUAGACAAUGACUACGUGGAGUCACCUUGUUGAGCCAACGAAGUGUAACAGACUACAGUGACGGGACUGUCAGCUAUCCAUGUUGGAGUUCAGCUAGGAGCCUCCUGUGUGACUCUCAAGAGAAGAGGACAUUUAUGUGGUUCCACAUCAGUUGGAUUAACAUGAACCUGCAAUUGUAAAACUCUAUAUUUCACAAGUUCUCCCACCGUAAACAAAGAUAUAAGAAUUAUUUUGCUGCUUAAUGCACAAAAGUUACAGAUUUAACUUAAAUUUCUGCAUAAGCAGACCUUAACUUUGAAAACAUAUUCAACAUUGUAUGAUGUUUCAUUUAUUCAUGCUUGGAUAAGCUGAUUGAUAGCUAAAUAUGCAUUAUGAAAUAUGAAACAUCCUGCUUUUGGAAAGAUCAAGCUGGAACUUGACCUAUUUUGUUCUAUGUGCACUUGUUAAACAGCCUCCUGCAUAAUUAUAAAUUGGACAUAUUGAAAGGUGUUGAAAAUAUAAUACCUGAAUACCUCAUAAUUGUUUUCGUCCAUUUAAAGCUUAUUACAAUUCUAAUACCUACUAAUAUUAACAAUAUACUAUGAUGCAAGUAAGUAGGUAAACUAACAAGGUAAAAGGAGAGUCGAUUUGGCUUAACCAAAUCACUUACGAUAUUUUAAAUCAGCCAAUGAGAGGUGAUAUUUGGAUAAAAAAAAUGUACCUACCGAAAGACAUGAAGGAAUAUUCUCUCUCUGAGUCAUUGCCAUGAGAAUAUUACUUCUCUUAUAAAAAGGAAAAUAAAAAAGCCAAAUUACCUGCAAUUAAUGAACUGAUUUUGAUUUUGCCUCAUUUUUUCAACUGAUCAAAUGUUUUGGCAAUGUACUGCAUUUUCAUUUUUCAGGAUGCUUUCCAUAUGAAACUCUGCUCGCUUGUGGUACAUAAUGUAUACUUAAAUUAAUAUAAUAUAGUUGUAUAAAGAUUAGUGCUAUCAUUAGUAGUAGUAGUCAUAUUGUGACCAUAUCACACUUCUGCAAAGAACUCAAAGCUUUCAGUGUGGUCUUCCACAUUGCCAAGCAUAGGGGCACAUUAAAAUAAUAAUAUAACAUUUAAAUUCAAUAAAUUUGUCGGUAAAUAUACGAACACAAUGGUCGUUUUUGUUGCUGUUGUUUUGGUGUCCAACACCACACCUAACAUAUGAACAACAGAGCACUUCAUUAAACAUAUUUUGUUACACAGA